GAAUGCUCGUAGCGUUCCCUUCCCUUUCCUUCGGGCUUCUGUGGGUGACGCGUCACAUUCCACCUCAGCGCGAUCGGACACGAGCGAGACCAACGGACGGGGUUCUGGGUUGGACUGGGAGAAGCGGCCAGAGAGAGGGCGGUUGUGAACGGCCACUGACGCGCCUGCUACUAGCCCGUCCUGUGAGGGGACACUCCUCAGCUUGGCCCUGUCUCGUAACCAACAGCAACCGCCACCGAGAGGAUGCGUCGCCACCCCCUGGCCCGAAGAAGUGGACGGGGGAGACGAUGAAGGAGGUGCUGCCCCGUCGGCUUCUGAUACUGGCCGCCUCCUUCCUCCUUGGCUGCUUGCUCGGAUUUCCCAGCUGGCAUGUCUUUUGUAAAGAGAGUCCUGUAUCUUUAUCUUUGCAUUCGCCAAAUGAGAACUCUCCCUUGCCAAAUGUGGAUGAGAACAUCCAGGAAACGGAAGAGACUGAUGGAUCCCUCAGAACACUGUCUUUACAAUAUAUUGAUUCCACUACAAAUAUUUAUUCUGAAGAUGAUUCAGUUGACUCUAUAAAGCAAAAAGAGAAUAUGGAAGAGGAAUUAAAGAAAUCUGAAGUUCAGGAACAGUCUUCAAUUAAUUCAAAUGAAGCUUCUUUCAUCAUAGCUGGUAUUCCUGAGAAUACUUUCAGCAUACCUACCUCUGAGAUCUCACCAGUCUCUCAGCCCAAGUAA